AUGAACUGUGCAACUCGACUGUCUGCUGGUCCCACCUCUCGAGCUUCCAAAUCAUUGAGACAGAGAACUCUGUCGUCGUUGUUGAUAUCCUCAGGAUCUUCUUCACUAGCAGGGGAACCGUCAGAGAGUUCCCCCAACGCAGCGGCUCUGCCUUUCGAAUCAUCACAGAGCUUGUCCAGAAUUCCUAACCCCUUCUCGCUCGCGCUCUACUCUUUCGAGAAGGAAAUUAUCAUCUCCAAGUGGAACAAGACAGAGUCGGCUUCGAUUAGGGAUGAUCAGAAGCGGCCGCCGAAUUUCGAGGUUGGGAUCUAG